ACUUCGUGUACUGUUGCUAAGAGAGUGUCGGAUUGUUUUUCCCUGCGAUUGAGAGAAGGCCGUGAAUGAGGGACUUUAUUGUGUCCUCCACAGUGGAACUCAUAACAGCCCUUCUUCUAGCAGGGUCUCCAGAGAGAGACAGAGGGAUUCUCUACUGCAUUCCCCCCACCCGACUCCAUGAGGACGUGAUGUCUCUGGGCCCCAUUUAAUUACUUAAGCCUCAGUCUUAAUAAAUGCACAGCUCUUCCUCUAGCUUCCCCGAAGGCCUGUUUUUAUGGUGAAGAGCAAUACGGGCCAUGGUAAAGCUGGCUGCCAAAUGCAUCGUGGCGGGUGAUUCAGCUGUGGGGAAGACUGCUUUGGUCCAGAUGUUCUGCAAUGAUGGGGCUCAUUUUCAGAAAAACUAUACUCUGACAAUAGGAGUGGAACUACUGAUGAAGACAGUACCUAUUCCGGGAACAAAUGAUAGUGUGGAACUCUUCCUCUUUGAUUCAGCAGGCAAAGAACUCUUUUCUGAAAUACUAGACAAAUUGUGGGAACAGCCCAAUGCCCUGUGCAUUGUGUAUGAUGUCACCAAUGAGCAAUCUUUCAGUAACUCUGCUAAGUGGCUAGAAAGGCUGAGAAUCCAAACAUCAGGAAUUCAUAUUCCAGGUGUCCUGGUGGGGAAUAAGAUUGAUUUAACUGAUAGGAGAGUUGUAGAGCGCAAACAAGCACAACAGUGGGCAGAAGCAAAUGGUCUGGAAUACUGUGAGAUAUCAGUAAAAGAGAUGGAAAAUUUUGAAGCUCCUUUUCACAUUGUGGCAAAUUCUUUCCACCGACUGUACAAAGAGAAAGUAGAAAUCUUUAAUUCACUGGUGUGAGGUAUCCUUAAGUACAAUAUGCUGGAUUAAAAAAACAAACUAACAAAGGCAAAAUCAUAUGCAAAUGGAAAGUAGGUUUUUGUUUUAUGGAGAAUUAUAGUUCUUCAACUGUUAUUUCAAAUCUCAUCUGCUUAUUGUUUGUCCUGUGAUGGACCUUUUUGCAAGAAACAUUGUUUUUGGUUAUCAUUUUUGCAUGAAUUUAUUCAUGUAUUUAGAGUUUAAAUAUUAUGAAUAUUUGAGGAAUUUCCAUAAGGAGAAAGCUAUCAAAAAAUUAACAGACAAUGUGUCAUACUCCAUACAUUUCAACCACUUGGACAACCUGUUUCUUAUCGCUAAGUUAUACCAAAUAGUUAAUUAGUUGCUGUCCAGAAAUAAACAUAAAAGUUAUAUUUUAACUUUAAUUUUCUAAAGGUAGAAAUGGGUUAAUUCAUAAUUCUCAGAGCCUCUUGAUCUGCAACUUUCUUUCUGCCAUCUCAGAAUAUCACUAGGUAGAGUUCUGUUUGGAUGUUAGUAACUAAACUGUGAUAGGCUUUUCUUGUUGCCCUUUUCUAACUACAGGGAUACCAAUCAUUUUAAUGGAGGAUAAGGGGUGAGACAUCACUUUGCACAAUAUCAUUCUUAAUACCAUGUUGUUCUAAAAAAAAUUUAGGUUCGGAAAUUAAUUCACCAGGGUUUCUUCAUAUUUUACUGGUAUUGUUCAUAUCAUGAAAUUGUAAUUGAUGGGCUUUUAACAUUUCCAUAAUGGUAUACAAAGAAUCUGCUGGGAAUAAUAAAGAAUGUGUUUAUUUUAAG